CGCACUGCUGUAUUUUUCGAGAUAAACAUUUUCGUCUGAGCUCGCCGAUGUCGAAAUUUUGCCUCGAGGACUCCGCGUUUUUCUCACAAAAUUAGCCGUUUUUCCGUCAGAUUUUUGCCCAGAGUUGCACCCAAGGAUGUGAAGGGAAACUAGAGGCAUGUUCCCAUCUCCAUGGACCUCUACCCUUCUUUUACACGCAGCAAUUGGACGUUGAAUUUCCCCGGGAAAACCCAAGGAGAGACCUUCGGGGCCAUGUCGACUCGUAGCCCGAAGAGGGACUACGACUAUCUGCUGAAGUUUCUCCUUGUCGGAGACAGCGAUGUCGGCAAGCAGGAGAUUCUUAGUGGCCUAGACGAUGGAGCAAACGAUUCCCCUUUCGGAUACGGCUGUGGGAUUGACUACAAAACUACAACCAUUCUUCUUGAUGGAAAGAGAGUCAAGUUACAGCUCUGGGAUGCGUCAGGCCAGGGAAGAUUCUGCACCAUCUUUAGAUCCUACUCAAGAGGAGCACAGGGUAUCCUGGUGGUCUAUGACAUCACCAAUAAAUGGUCCUUUGAUGGCAUCGACAGAUGGUUGAAGGAAGUAGAGGAGCAUGCACCAGGAGUACCCAAGAUCCUAGUGGGCAACCGGCUCCAUCUCGCCUUCAAGCGGCAGGUGAGCAUCCCGGCAGCUGAGCAGUACGCCAUGAAGAACGACAUGGCGUUCUUCGAAGUCAGCCCGCUGUGCGACUUCAACAUCACAGAGUCCUUCCUAGAACUGUCCAGAAUAGCCUUGAAAAGACAUGGCAUCGACAGAUUUCUCAAGUGUAACAAAGUAUUGAGUCUCCAGGACCUGUGCUCCAGAGUUAUUGUCCAGUACACCCACCCGCACCACAUCGAGAAGCUUCCCUUGCCGACGUCUCUACGUUCCAGACUUCGAUCAUUCUCCAACACCAGCAUGUGUGCCCACCCCAUGCCCUCCCCCUACCCCAGCAAGAGGACAAAAAUCAUCCGCCCGGACUCCCCCUCGCACACCAGCGUUAGGAAAAGCUGCUGCAUUUCCUAGCAGUACGGCCCUGUAGAAUAUUGUAUAUAGAUGAUGAAUUUUUUAUUGUAAUGUAUGUCGCUGUUUCAUUUGUCUUGUGUAUAGAGUAUCUAUGAAUUAUGGCUGCGUUUGCACUUUUUCGGGCCAGCACUGAGCAACAAACAUGACACAAACACCUACUGGCCACUGCUAUGUCAACAGUGUAAAUGAAUGGGUAAAACCCAAAGGUAGAAGAAAGCAAGGAUUUCAAGUAUGAAGGAGUUGAAGCUUGGGCUAGACCAGGGAAACAUUGAAAUGAGUACUUAUUAGAGGAAUACAGUUGUAGUAGACUGAGACGUUUGACAGGCAGCUGUUUAAGAUUAGAUAUCACUUACACACUGUUGUAUCCUCCAACAGUUCCCUCUUAGCUAAAAGGAGGUUCACAAUUGUCAAAGUGCCAUGUCAAUGGUGAAGGCCCCAAACAUGUAAACACUUCUUGUGUCAUUAUACAUGUCCAGACUUUGUUGUCAAUUUGCAUAACAAUGUUGGACUGUUUUGUUUAUUUGUCAGGGGCCUUCAUCUUUGACCUUGGGCAUGCGUAAUUAGAAUCGUGAACAUCCUUAUUACAGUACUAGUCUGGAGUGUAAGCUCAAACUCCCUGGUUGUGACUGUAAAGAUUGCUAUUCAAAACCCUGUCUACAAAGCUGAAUGUCCACACAACGUCUGGAGGCUUUUCUCAGCUCCAAAUGUUAAUGUGGCAGAUUUUAAGUGCUGUUUUCUGAAAGUCCACUUUGCUGACACGUAAAAAUGUAGCCUGACGAAAUCAUGCUCUUAGCAGCCCUUCCCUGAUAGUUUCCUGCCAUUAAAUGUCUGAACAAUGAGAUCAUGUGUGACACACUCACAAAUCCAUUGACCCUAAAUGUAUAAUCCUAUCCUUGUACAAAGGACCAACAUUACUUGCAUCCACUGUUACAUACCAAAAGCUGCAGCAUUUAGAAUCAUGAGUAAGAUGUGAAUUUCCAUGUGCAGUAAACUGUGUUCCUUUUUGUACAGAUGUGUGUUAUAGGAAGCACAGGGCACAUAAAAGCAUGAAAUGUAUACUGGAUAGAAAAGAAAACGUAAAGAGAAAAAAUUACUACUUCAACUUGAACUCCAUAAUCAUAAAAUGCAGUGACGUAAGAAGGCAUUUCUCUUGAAACCUGACAUGUAAAUCAGCUCUAGCUACCCUAAACAUCUACUUCAGUGGUAAAAAUGUACAGAUAAUAUCUUGCAAACAAAAUGGCUCUCGUUUAGUCUACAGUGUGUCAUCCAGAGAGCCAGUAUUACAUUUUAACUGAUGAUGAAUAAGGUAUAUCUUGGCAGCUGUUUUUGUAUUUCGGAUAACUAUAGUAAGGUGUAACUCCUAAUUCUAGGACUGCCUGUACUUUAGGUACACUGUCAUAUGCAGUAGUCAGGGCCAAUAUAGGAACAGUUGUGGCCGGUUUAUAGUUACAGAUUAGUUUGGUUACAAGUAUGAAGUUAUUUUUUUAUACAAAGGUUGGCUCUAAAAACUUGCCUUCAACUUGAAACCUUUCUAUCUAUGUGUUCUGGCACUUCAAUUACUUAGAUAUUCUUAAAAGAAACUUGUGUAUGACACUGUUUGGAAUUCUAAUGUUUUUCUCCACAUAUCAGCAAACAGUCCACGAUUGUAAGAUUAUGUUAACAGCAAAGUCCAUUGUAUUGUGGUCAUUUUCAGACGAGAUGUAAAUAAUUCUACAGAAUAUGGCCCUUAGCUGGAGGUGACCACAUCCUGGCUACAAGGUUUUUAUAACAGUUACUAUACAAACAACUGGCUAUAAUGAUUUCAAAAUAUACCAUCUCUACAACAUACAUAGAAAUGGCAAGCUAAGCAAAAUAGUUUUGAUUACUGUCAAAAAAUUUUAAGAGCAUCAUUCAAUGCCUGAUGUUGGAACAUGUUUAUUGGCUUUUCACCUGCAUUGUAUCUUUGAGUGGAUAAAUGUCUCCACACCUGAGGCAUUGCCAAAACAAUAGGCUAAUAAUCUUUUUCAUACUUCUCUACAACAGAUUCGGUCACCAGUCCUUCGAUUUUAGCUGAAACACAUAGAAUUCUAACUUGUACUUUAAGAAUUACAUAAUCUUUUUGUUCAAUUUUCUACUUAAACAAAAAAAAGUCCAGAGGAGACAUGUAAUUUUAAGUCAAACGUAUCACUUGCUAUGAUUGUGUAUGCCAUUUCCGUGGAUCAUUUUUUGUAAAUAUGGUACAACGAUAUUAUGUAUAUUUGUGUACACUUUUAGGUAAGAUCUAGUUAGGAGAUAUUUGUAUAUCUAUAUGUAAACAUGACAUGUAAUAAGAAUGUUUUCUUACUGAAUGUUGACGUAAACUUCCAUGGAAGGAUGGCACUUUGUCGCGGUGCCAGUCUAGGUGCCAGACACGUGAAUGCAAGUUAUGUGAUAAGUUUCUAUUUUGGUGUAUAAAAACGCGUUGUACUUGUGAAUGUUGGUGAAGACUUGAGCAGUGAAAUAAAGACGCUCUUACAAGCUUGA